AUGGGGAGAGAGAAGAGAAACGCCACGAAAAGCGAUCGAUUGAGGAACUGCGAAAUUGAUAACGGCACUGGAGCCGACCCAUACGGCGAGAGCGCCGUUGAAUGGAGCGACCAUCGGGUAGCGACAGGGCAGGUGAAGACAAAGCCUCGAGCAAGAGCUACCUCCACUUCCGCUUCAUCAAAUGCCUCAAAUGAUCGUACCCCAACACCCGAUCAACCAACUUCGAGCAAGAAAGACGGAAAUUCACGUUCUCGUGCUGGUUCAAUGUCAACCUCUCAACUGCCCGAUUCCAUUCGACCUUUGAGAAGAAGUGCUCGAUUGAAGCCCCAACCUCUUGCACCAAUCGAUACAACAGAGCAGCUGCAUGUGAACACGGAAAUCGCAAGAGCAUCUCGCAGUCCUCGUCGUCGAGGAGGGGACAUGCAACCGAGCACAUCACGAGCUUCUGAUGGACCCCUUCCACCGGUAGCCGCCGUGAAUGUGAGCAAUAUGGUUGAACCAACAAUCGGUGUUGCGCUUGGAGCUCUUGGAGCAGCCGGCGUAACUCUAACUGAUCAGGCUGUUCAACAAGCAGUCCGUCAAGGAGUCAUCGAUGAAGCACAAGCCAUUCUCAACGCCGAAACUUCUCACCAUCAAACUGUUCAACAACAUCAACAACAUCAACAACUGAGAAAUUCUCUGCAACAAUUAGCCUCAUUCCCUCAAGCGCAGAAUCUCGUUGCUAUUCAGUCUUUCCAACAGCCAAAUCCUUAUCCAACAUUCUCUGGACUCUUUGCUCCAUCGUUCAGCGCCGCUAACGGCUUCCCACCACCUUUCUAUUCAUCAAUCGGUUUUGCUCAACCAUUCGCACAGGAUUUUGAUUGGAGAGUCCCUCAAAUGAGCACUUCAACCGCUGCUGCAGCGGCAAUGUUUGCCCCACCAAUCUAUCAGACACCGAUAUCCUUUGUACAGCAAUUAGCCGGACACCCUCCAUCAACCUCUGGGUCUUCGAGCCAAUCAAGCUCCACUCAGCAUAUUCUUCAAAUGCCUCCUGCUUACUCGCGAACACAGCGUUUUGACUUGCACUCGAGGAUCACCCAAGCCGUACGAAGCACUUUACAACAUGUGCGCGUCCUCGAUGGAUCACGUCAACCCGAUCCUACUCUUCUCGAAAAUCUUCAGUCAAACGAUUUAUGGAGAAAGCGAGAAGCCGUUCAAACAAUUUCGAAUUUGAUUCUGAUAUCUGAUGAGGGAGCCAAUCUGAAUGUCUCAUUUCGGGAUAUCGUUGCUGCAAUUAAGGACUUGCUUCAAAAUGAAGAUUUUAAUACGAAAAGCGAUGGUGUUACUUGUCUACAAAAUCUGGUCGAUGUGUUCUCGAGAUCACACAGCGUUGCAGCUGAUGCAAUUCCACUCUUAAUUGCAUUGAUGAGUGAUGUGCGCGAGGAAUACGGAGUCGAUAUCCAUGAGACAGCCCUCAAACCCCUACUCAUAUUGAGUCGAAAAUAUGGCCGCAACAUCUUACAAGCGGGGGGUUUAUCGGGUGUACUUCGUCAUUUGUAUUUCUUCAAUCAACACGCACAAAGAAGUGCUAUUGAAGUGGUCGCAAAUGCAGCCAGUUAUGUGACAAUUGCACACAUUGAACAAGUUGGAGAGGCGUUGAAAGAAAUUACCGAUAACAUGAACAACGCUGAUAGCAAAAUGGGAGAUGCCGCUUGUGCAGCUUUUUCGAGAAUAGUCUGCAAUCUGUAUGAAGAAGAGACAUUUGUCAAUGAUGUACUCAAUGAAAAAUAUGAUCUGGCUUGCAAGAUUGUACAAGUACUUCGCGAUCUGAGCACAAAAUUCUCAGCGACAACAGAACUGUUAAAAGCUCUUCGGCUUCUCAUGGCUUGCAGUAGUGAUUUUUCAGCAAAACUACAUCAUGUUGGAAUUACAUCAACAAUUGCUUCCUUAUUGAGUCCUCUCAGCUCAAAACGUUCAAUCAACAGUUUCAUCGAUCUCCGAGAAUUGAUCUUCAUGUGCGGCGAACUAGCCCCAGCACUACCUGACAGUAACAUUUUUUCCAUCGACCGACUCAUCAUUUCAAAAAGUAAGUACCUAUACAACUUUAAACUUUAU